UCUGAAAAGAAAAAGUGAUCAAAAUAUAUAUUUAGGUGACCGAUGAAUCCUCUACCGGGAAGCAAAAGGAUGUAACGCUGCUUUUCAAAUUCAAAUACGAGUGCAGUGACCGAUGAAUCCUCUACCGUUGAAAAGCAUAGGGCUAAUCCACACUCUACAAUUAAAGAUGCAUUCGCCAAUGUCUCUGCGUUUGGUGAUACCAAGUCGCAAAACAAUAACCAAAAUGCUAGACGAAAAAUAUGAGACACUUAGUGAGAAAAUCAUGCUUCAAAUUUAAUUAUGUGAGAGAUAUAGUAUAACAGCAGAUGUCUGGACUGACACAGGUAGCAAUAAAAGCUACCUGGGGGUAACGCUUCAUUACCUAGAAGAAAAUCGAACAUUAAUGAAAUCCAUCGCACUGGUGGCACGGUCAUUGGAGAGAUCUCAUACAAAAGAAUAUUUGGUAUGUGAGCUCAGAGCAUCAUUCGCCGAGUGGAAUAUUGACAUAAAAAAGAUAAGUGUUCUGGUUACAGAUGGUGGGGCCAACAUGGUUGCUGCUGCCAACGAACUAGUUGGAAAAAACACCACAUGAUUUGCUUCGAUCACUCUCUCAGUCGAAUGGUGACAGUGGCUAUUGAAAAAUCGAAACAGUUUGCAGAUCUGUUGGCAAAAAUACGUAACAUAGUCACUUUCUUCAAGAGAUCAACGAAAGCAGCGGAUGAUCUGAGAAGUUUACAGAAGAGUGGUGGCAAAACAGAAGGGGAAAUUAGAAAAUUAAAAAAAGACGAACCAACCAGAUGGACCAGCAACUUUGAAAUGUUAGAAAGCUUUAUUCGGUUGGCGGAGUUUGUUGGCGUUAUCCUUUUAAGAUACGCUCAUGUUGAAAUGCUAUCUGGAUCAGAUAUGACAGCAGCCAUAGAAGGUCGCGAUAUUCUCCAGCCUGUAAUGCAUGCAAUAACCGAGCUCGAAGCGGAGAAAAUUUCUUUGGCGGGAAAAGUCAUUCCUUCAUGAGUAUGGUGAGAACGAUGUUGGAAUCAUUCAAACCUAAAAGCGAAUGCGUAAAAGGAUUUAGAUCUGCACGUUUAGAGCAGUUUGAUAGUCGUUUCGAGCACAUCGCUUUUGUGGACGGAAUCGCCAUUGCCACCUUAUUAGACCCUCGGUUUAAAGUACUCCACCUGAAACCGCUGGCGUAUGCAAGGGUUGUACAAGUGGUGUCGGACAUGAUGAAAGAGUCAGAGAAGAAAGAGCGGGGACAGUUAGCUUCAAAUACUGAAAACACCAGCAGUCAAUCGAAAUCGAAUCAAACUCAUAUCCAAAAUAUAUGGGAUAUACAUGAUCGUAUGGUGGUGGAACAAACGGCACAACUGGAACCUGAUCGACCAGGCGGAGUAUCAGGCGAAUUGAGAAAUUUUCUUCACCAAAAAGUGAUUUACAGAUCAUCCGACCCACUCGAAGCAUGGAGUGCGAUUAAAAGCGAGUAUCCGCAUCUGCAUCCAAUUGCCAAAGACUUCCUUUCACGAAUGGUGACGUCGGUUCCGGCAGAAAGGAUGUUCUCACGGACUGGCAGGACUUGUGAAAACAGAUAUAGACUUAACGCUACAAGAAUGGCUAAAUUAUCAUUUCUAAGUUCGCUGCAAGACACAGAUUGGUUCCUGGACACAUAAUCAAGAUUCCUUUUCUGCUAUCACCUUCAAAUUAAUGUAAAUAUUAUAAACUCAAGUGGAGAUAAUCUCCCUUGAAAGAGAAGUAAGAAAAAUAUAAACUUAAGUGACUCUAUUUUUUUGUUUCAAUUAGUUUAAUAAUAAUUUUACAAUAAACAUCUUACACUCAGUAAUGA